AUGACGAGUUCAUUUGAAGUCUCUGCGUUGACAGCAACUCCAGAGUCCGACCAUUCAGGAUUCAGCGCCCCUCCGCCUGCCUACACUGGAAGCAUUCAUGAUAGAUACGAUCCAUCUCUUACUACUCGACCGGAAAUGACACUAGAUAACUUUCUCCCGGCAGACCCGGAGCCAGUGCAUUCUUAUGCAACUCUUAAUCAGUUCCCUGCUUUCUUUGAACAAGUCAUGCUCCCUACCCUAGGAACGGAUAACGGGCUUCAAGGGACCCAGCAACCCCGCGCCUUUGACUUUAUGCAAGAUAUCGACUUUACUUUAUCAGAGAAUGAUGUUUUCGGCACCAAUUUCAUCCCUGAUCUAGACAAGAUUUUAGACAUGGCUGGGCCUUUUUCCGAUGUGGACAAACAGCAGUCAUCACUCGAUGAUGUAGAAUCCGCAAGCCAGCGUGCUGCGGCUUUUCAAAAAUCUCUCUGGCUAUGGAUACCGGAGAAGAAUCAGCACGGGUUUAGUGAAGAGCGAAGGAUCCCGCUACGCGAUAGCGACAGUAUCCCAUCGACACACCAGACCCGCCUUGAUGCGCUUAAAAUCCCCGGUAGGCUUUCAAAUCAAGCACGAGACGAGAUAUUCAAAUUGGUACUGCGAACUGCUGGCUCUCGGCUUUCUGUUUCCGCUUUCCCAUCGUCCGAAUACCUUGACACUCUCAUUAAGGUUGGAAUUGGGAAAAGAGUUGAGACGGACGCAUGGAUUCAUCUAUACACAUUUUUUGACCAGCAAUAUCAACAGCUGCGCCCAGAACUUUUAACUGCGCUGGUAGCAGCAGGGUGUGUUUGCUGCGGUGUGCCCUCGAUCAGCAAAACGGGGAUUAUUCUUCAAGAGAUCACUAGGGUCGGCCUGGCGCAGUUAGUUGAAGAGGAUAACAGCGUUCUACGUGAUCUUCAGUAUUUGCAGGCAUCCAUGUUAUGGUUGGAUAUCGGGAUCUCAUGUGGAUAUACACGCAAAAUGCAAAUUGCUGAGAGCUAUUUACAGCCACUCUGCACGGCUCUUCGGCGUGCGGCUGCUUUUGACAGAUCAACAUACUCUUUGAUUACGCCUUAUUCUCAUGGCGACGACGAGGCAUCCUUACAGCGCGCGUGGCAUGGUUGGGUGCGCCAAGAGUCACUCAAGAGACUUGUUUAUCAUAUUUUCGGUCACGAUGUCGAAGUUGCUCUAUCCAUGAACCGACCUGUGAUUACAUCGUACACGGAAUUUACAUUACCCCUUCCUGCCGCCCGAGAUCUAUGGCUAGCCCCAACUGCUGCUGCAUGGAGAGACAUAUGGAGAAAUCACUAUAGAUCCACUGGCUUCUCCGAAUUUAAUCUAUGCGACCUCCUCUCGGAUCCAUCUCUUCUUCAUCACAUUGCAUCCGAACUUGAUUGCGGCAUCGCAAAAUCGGCCCUCCUGCAGGGGCUUGCACUUCAAGUAUGGGAGUUCUGCCAGCAAAAGCGUUUAUCGGGAUCUCGCGCCAGCACUCUGUUAUGGCUGCAAAGUAGACAAGAAGACCUUUACGCGACCCUCAAAUCAAUACAGGAGGACUCACCAGAUUCGCCACCAGUGACUGUCUUAAUGAAUGAGUUUGCCUUGAUGUACCUCCAUAUCGACAUUGACGCGAUCCAGCGAUUUGUCGGCAAAAUGGGGGAGCAGGAAGCUCGCCGUGCAUACCCCGGCCUACGGGAGUGGAGCCGCACCAAGGGGGCUCGUGUCGCUAUCUGGCAUGCGGGUCAAGUUCUCCGAGCUGCGCGUACGGUGUUGGCUUGGCAACUUCGUGGAUUUGACUCUCUGUCCAUCUAUCAUGCUUCCUUGGUCCUUUGGGUCUACGGAUUAUUGCAGUGUGGGGAGAAAGGAAUGGAAGCACACACUCCUAUGAGUGAGACUGAUACGACACCAAAUAUUGCUCUGGACGGAAGAGAGGACCAUUUGACUAGAGCUUUCCUGAGUCGAGGCAUAGGUCGGCCUGGGUUGACAAUGCAUCAAGAUCGUGGUUCGCAUGCUUUUUGUGAGUUAAGUCGGCCUCGAUCUGUGAUGGCUAUUGCGCGCCAAGUGUUUGAAGGAAACUGCCCUCUUCCUUUACCAGACGAUAUUUUGCCGCCCAUGAUCCAGAAUCUUUGUUCGCUUAUUGAGGACUUGGGGAAUCUCCCAUAA